AUGGAGUUUGUCGGCUUAAUCGAGGAUCGUGUUUGGCGGCUGAGUCAAGCCUCUGCAGACACUCCAGUUGCCUUUCAUAGCAGUUGUGUCACCGUCGCUGAGCUUGAAAAAUUCCAAACUCAAGGUCAACUUCCUCUACCUCUGGUCUCCUACUUUCGUCUUGACGUAUGUCUUGACGAUCUACUCUCAGCCUGGUUGGAUAAGGAUCAUUUGCUUCGUGAAUUCUUCUCGUCCCCUUGCGUGCAAUGCAUAAAUCGUUUCAAGGGUCUGCGCCUAUUAAACCAGGAUCCGCGGGAAACUAUUUUUGCGUUCAUUACAUCCGCAAACAAUAAUAUUCCUCGCAUAAGCAAACUCCUCAUUGCUCUGUGUGCCCGUUAUGGGAAGAAGGUGUGGGCGCACGAUACAGUAUCCGUCUAUUCCUUCCCCACUCUUGAAGCCCUUGCUCAUCCUGCGGUUGAAGCAGAUCUUCAUAAAAUGGGUUUCGGAUAUCGGGCAAAAUUCAUUCCCGCAGUUGCUCGAAAAUUGAUAGAAGCUGGCGGUGAUCCAUUUCUCGCAAACCUUCGUGUUUCCUCGUACAAGGAAUGCAAGACCUUUCUUCUUGCCCUUCCGGGUAUUGGAAACAAGGUGGCGGAUUGCAUCUGUCUCUCCUCUCUGGACAAGAUGGAAGUGGUUCCUGUGGAUGUACACAUAUUGCGGGCGGCAGCGCUUCGGGGUGUUCGACCUCCUAGCCCCUGCUCCUCUUCUAUCUCCUCUACUGCAUAUCGUUAUAUUUCUCAAUGUCUCUCCCAUCUUUGGCAGCCCUUUGCCGGCUGGGCGCAAGUGGUAAACUGA